AUGGGCGAAUCCGCAGAGCAGCUCCGCAGGAUGCAGAGCAUUCAAAUGGCGGACCUGGGAACCGCGCGACGUGAAAUGAUUUCGACCGCCGAUAUCAAUAAGCAGGCUCGCGCACAGCUUGCCGAGGUCGAAUCAAAGCGACUGAUCGAUCAGAGGGAUGAAGCUCAAUUGAGCAAAUGGGCAAACUUCCACACUCAGAUCGCAGAUACUCACGGAAUGGAGGAACUCGAUGACAUCGAUUCCGGGCAGUCCCACCGAGCUAAUUUGCACGCAAUGCUGCAUCCUGAUGGACACCAGCCACGGACUUACGCCAAUCAUCCUUACCCAACCCCAUCCGUAGGUCGCGGCGGUGGUGUCAUGGGCAAGAGAGGACGAGGUGGCUUUGUUCCCCCGCUCCCCCAGGGACCGGCUGCUCUUCCUCUUGCUUCUGGAAGAGCCGCAAUCCGAGGAAAUAUUGGUCGCCCAGGACCGCGCGGUCGCUCCACAGUGUCGGCCAGUAUUCAUUUGGACCCGGCGCUGAACUGCAACAAUGACGAUAGUGAUGCUCGCGAGCGAGGAAGGGGACGCGGGCGUGGCAAGGGUAAAGGCAAGGGAAAUUCCCAGGAGCAGGUCCACGUUCCGUCCGCCCCUAGCAGACUUCAGCGGCAGCCUCCAGCCAUCAACUUUGCCACCAGAAUCUCCGAGCCUGCCGACUUCAUGUCCUCAUUUCAGUCUCGCCGAGCGACUGAAACAUACAACAAACCUACUGAUACAACUGUCUCCGCUCCGAUGCAGAAGGCUAAAUCUACAUUACAACCCCUUCCGGUCAAAGAGUCAACCCCCAAAAUAUCUCCGAGCGGUACACCCAAGAAAAAGGCAGCGAGCAUUACUCCAUCUUCGAAGCAUGUAUCCUCGCCUGUGUCAACAUUGACGACUCCAUCUCGUGCCGUUCCCAUUGAUCAGCCACACAUUGGGCCCUAUGUAGUGGAAACACCACUAUCGGCCCGUGUUGUUCCUCUUGACAAGACUGCAUCCUUCAAAGCUCGCAAGGCCCAGCCUGAUAUACCUAAAUCUUCUCAGCCACAUAACAAAACCCCUCGAGUGGAAGCACCCACCCAACCCGCAUCUCAUUCUAUUUCUGUCCAACAAAACACCAAGUCCAAAAAGGGACAGGGCAUGGCGAGUAGUUCCCAUGCUCCUUAUCCAGCGGUGGUCGCAGUCGCAGCGGAUGAAAUUCAAUGGAAGGUUUCGCCUGGCGAAGAGCCACGAAAGAAGGGCCCGGCUCCUCCAAUCAAAAAGGCAGUCUCAUCUAAGACCUCCAUGCCCAUCGCUGAGGCUAAGAAGACACCAGUCGCCAAGGUCACGCAAGUCAAAGAAACCAAGCAGAAAGCCCAGUUACAAGAUCUUCUCGGUGACGAUGACUCAUCGGUCAAUGCAGCACUGCCGACCCCUCGUCCUUUGAAGACAGUGGCCAUCCAUAGUCCAGGUGCUGCAGAAUUGGCAGGUCUCAAGUUUGCUGACACGGCCGGGGGGUCAGUGCCAGUCAAGAGCAUUGACGAAGUCAUUGCUCCCAAACCGACAAUCAAUGAUAUCGAUAUCUAUGGUCCGCGAAUCAUUGAAGAGCUUCAAGACAUCCGCAGACACAUUCGUUCGUCCGAAGAUUUGCCUACUACACGUGAUAUCGAACGCAUACUUGAAUCGAAGUUGCUUCAAUUGGUCCCCGCAGCACAUGCACCAACGCCUGCAGCACCUACACCAACGCCUGCGGCACCUGCAGUACCUGCAGGGUCUGAGAUUGAAAGUCGGAUGGGUAAUCUGGCUGCACUUGUUGAGUAUCUUUCAACAUCGCAGCAAACAACUAACGCCGUUGAAGCUCCUUCGGCUGUCCAUCGCGACAUUACCCCCUUUGAGGGACAUCGAUCGCCACCUCCGCCCUCGUCUAGUUCAAACUCACCCCCUUCUGCUGAUAAACACGCGCACAAGGUACGUGUGCCCGGUCUCUCGCCUACUAGAAGUGAGAGUUCCGACAUUAUUUCGCAGUUCGAAUCCCUUCAGGUUUCGGACAAACUUGCUGCGCCCCUCCAGCCUCAGCGUGUGGUCCCUGUUCCGACACUUCGUCCGCUUAAUAUUCCAAAGACGGCCACUACCUCCGACGCGUCUGUUCAGGUUACUCCUGCUCUGGCGCCACGUGCAAAGGAGGCAACCAAAAAACCACGGACUCUUGACGAUUCGAUCUUUGCAGGACCUGUAGGCCCCGUCACUUCCAAAGCUGACGUUAUUGAACCUAAUGCAAUGCAAUCCCAGACCAUGACUCGGGGGUUGAGCGCAAAGCAUCCCAACAUUCCCAAGCAACAGGGUGUUCACUCAACCGGCGUUCAUACAAUCGGCCCUGCGCCGUACAAACCCCGUGUGAUCGGCCCUGCUCCGAGUCCCUAUGAACCAACCACCUUGCGCGAGGCUCCAUCAACCCACAUUCGCACUAUUUCUGCCCAGCAUGGUAAUACUGAGAAUCGGCCCUCAUUUGAUGUUGCCAAUCGUGCUUCGAGCUCCAUGGCUCAAUCUAGUGGCCCAGGUUCCCUGAAAGCUCCAGGCCGACUGUUCUCGAUGCCUGAUCCUGCAACCAUUCCCCGGCCGAAUGCGAAGGUUACUGGUUCUUUCCCUUCCAACCUAUCCCGCCGCUAG